CAGCUGCGCUGCUAUCGAGCCACGAAGAACCACGAAGCGCUGGUCAGUGAGCAAGCUACUGAGCGGGCGGGCGGGCCAGCCAGCUAGACAACGACAACGGCCAAGAAUGAAUAAACGAACCUGGCGGAAUUUCGUAGUCGUUCCUCCUCCUUCGGUUGCUGAUUGUAAGAGCAGGGUGAAGUUCGGCUGGUUUGUCGUGAAUGCGAGCGAGAGUGAGUGAGUGAAGUGGUCGAUGUCGCUAGUUUCUACUCGGAUGCCUGUUGGUUGCUGAUUUUUCUACUACUGGCGACAGCGGCGGGUGGCAGCGAUUGCUGUAGACGCGUGCUGGUGUUUGCAUCAAAAGACGGAACAACAAAACAGUUCACUUGAAGACCGAGAUCCAGUCGGUUCUGGCGUCCAAACGUUGUUGUGCCUGAUGUGAGCAGAAAUCGGGGGAGAGAGAUAGAUCGAGUAGGUGGUGAAAGGCGUCUGUCUAGUCUAGAACGAAGCAGUGUUUUCGCAACCCAUCUGCAUUGGAGUAACGUGAGAUUGUACGUUUCGUGGCGGUAGUACUGGUGCUUCUGGUAGUGAUCACAUAAAUUGCAAGUCGCGUGUAACCAGAAGUCCGGCGGCAAGUACGGCGUUCGUGCAUUUGUGUAUGUGAGACAAGGAACUAUGAUGUCAAAUCGGAUUGUGCUUUAUUAACAAGCUGUAUCCGAGUGAAUAACCUCAGUCGUUAGAGAAGCAAGUUAGUAAAAAGGAGAAGGGAUUUUUUUCCCACGAUACAUUACUAACCUGUGAGAUAACAAAGAAGUAAGAUCGUAAGACUAAUGAACCUGAUGAAUGUGGUAAUAUGAUAGAUAUGCUGUAAGAAGGCACGUUACCAGGGGAACCUCCGCUGGCCAAGAGGUCAGUAUUUCCAGACAAAUGGACUGCCUGUAUAUGUAUAAUAUUAGUAUCUAUAUCCUGAAACACUGUCAAACGUUCUGGCAAACUGUGACUGUGGCAGCAAUCUUGCGAUGAUUCAGAGUGACUAGAGACCUGUCCGGUACCGCAAACGUCCCCUUGAAACCUUCGGGUGGUUCCAUUAAAAUUAAUGACAUUUUAGCGGAUAGUUUUAUCCAUGAAGGAGAAGUGAUGUUUGCGAACUAAUUCCUUUCUUUGUCAUAUUUGUGCUUGGGAAAGGUAUGAAAUUAUAUGCAAGCAGGAACGGGUUGCAGCAUUCUGUAGUUGUAAAGCGCACAAGAACAAAGUCAAAAAACUUUUUCUACAGGACCAGAACAUCGGCCUCGUGACCGUCGCAACGAUUAUUGAAGCAGAUCGAAGGAAAAAAAGGCGAGGACGGGGAAAGGGGAGACGAGCUCAAACGAAAGCAAAAGAAACAGACGACGAUAGCGUGUACUACACGUCGUUGCUGCCUCCCGUUACAGCCUCCUUUUAACUACUCUUCCCAAGGUCGCCGCAGUGCGGUCAGUCAACAACCGGUAGCUGCACGGACACCAACCGUACUAAAAGGGCGUUGUAUUAUUUAUCAUUGUAGGCUGAUGGGUCUCGAUCGGGCUGAAUUCUGGAUCCGCGUGAUAUGAGCCCAGCCACAAUGAUAUGGACCAAGUAGGCUAACCUAGUGAAAGGCGAAUAGGCCCCUAGGUAGGCCAGUUUAGAGUGAGGUUAUGUAAGAAUAUAGACGAGGUGGUCGCGGUCAUUUCUGUGGCAACUGCUACCCUGACUCGUUCUUUAAUCGCCGCUAAAAUUAUUGUCACACACGUACGGGAACAGCACGAGUAUACAAUAAAAUGAGCGCGUCUGAGCGUACGGUGUUGUGAUAGGUUGCUGUACGGCAUUGAACGACAAAAUGAGCGCAUGUGAGUCGCCAGUUGUCGACUUCCUGAUGAAUCCCAGCGCUUAUGAGGUCACCCCGCAAAGAGGUCGCUUGCAGAGCUACCCUUCUCCGCAGCAACUGCUGCCCAAGAGUAUCCUCUCACCACUGCAGGCCAUCCCCGAUCCCAAUGAAGAAGAAUACAGGUGCUUCUCGCUUCCGCGCUUUGACAAGUUGCCCAUUCCGGAGCCCGCGCCACUGAGCUCGCUAUCAGCACAUGAUCUUAUGGGGCUCGUCGGCAGCGCAUCCAGCGAGCAUCUCCGACAGAGAGAGGAGGAGCUCACGGAGCAGCAUCGGAAGGUGGUUCAAGAGCGACUGGCGGAACAAGAAGAAGAGCGCGAUGCUCGACAGCGACUCGAAGACAUUAUAAAUAUGUGCGCCAAUUUUGUCUCUGGCUCCGUGGCGACACCUGCAACGACCAACGGUCACUCCCCAUCUAAUCGAUCGUCCCAGCUAAAAUCGCCACCUGGUAGUCGAAAGUCGCCUCCGUCAACAAUUGGCAUUAAAACCAACGGAUCACUAAAGGCGACAACGCCCUCGUCCGAAGAUGAGCUUGCGGCAAUCAAUAACGUUGCUGACUCAGCUGCGCGAACCCCAGCUUCGCCGACCAGUCCCCCGCAGAGUCCACGCAAUCGCAUCAAAACAGUUCCGGGAAUACCUUCACCCAAGGAUACAUUGGGAGCACCGUCGCCUAACUAUCGACCGCUGACGAAUGGCAUCUCGACGUCAUCGGGCGCUACCACAUCGAUAACAACGGUUGUUACAUGCGGCGGAGGGAAAGGCAAGGAUAAAUUGACCACUACUGUCGCCGGAGUUACUACUGCUGCUGCCGGCGCCGCCGCAAGCAUUAGUGAUAAAGUGCCGGCGCGAUCUUCGUCAUUACAGAAAAUGGCCGCUCAUAUUCAUGCCGCACAGGCGUCGCUUCUGCGAUCACAGUUUGUGCAGCUGGAGGCCGCAUUCAAGGAGCAGUUGGACGAGCUGCAAAUGGAGUUGGCACUUGUCACAGGCGAGCUGUGCGAUGAGCAGUUCUCACUCAAAGAAGACCUCAUCCAAUACGGUAAGAUCGAGGCCGAACAGGAAAUUCUCGUAGGAGAAACCCUGCGCGAGAAAGAGGAUGAGGAACGAAGACUUCACCUCGCUGGCGAACGAAUACUCAAGUGGCAGGAAUUAACAGUAAAAAUGGCCGAAACACUCGAUGACCCAGUGUCACCCGCACUUGAACGGGAGAUCUCGGAGAGACUAGAGAACGAGGUCGAGUGCCUAGAAGCUGAGAAGCGUGCCUACGAAGAUCUCGAGUUCCAGAUUAUGGAAAGUACGGCCCGUAGAGAUGAACGCAUUGAAGAGGUAAAUCAACGCAUCUUAAUGAUGAGCCGUUUGAUCGAGCAAAAAGAAGCUCGUAUCCAGGAGCUACAAAUGCAGCAGCGAACGAUUGCAGACGAACUCGAAGCUAAGAAGCGUGAGUGGGCCGAACAGCAGCGUAGCCAUCAAAAUAGUCUGCGUAUAGUUCAACAGGCACAGCAACAGUCCAGUCUUGACUCCGAGAGCCUUUCAGGCAGCGAAUCCGACACUGAAUCCGAGUACCAGCAUUCUAACUGCGGGUCAGAGAUGGUGUCCUCAUCAACGGAAUCCGAGGAGCUUUUCUCACCCAAAACCACCGCCGCGCUCGGUCAGAUGGGCACCGUUUCUGUCUCGCUACGGAAUAACAACCGCCGGUUAAGUCAAAGGCCGCUAACAUGUUACCUACCCGUGUUUCCCGAUCAGGGACACUUUGAUCUGCGUGCCCAUAUCAUCAGCUGCGGACAUCAGCUAGAGAUUUGCGCGCAAGACGUAACCGUCGACAGUAACAGCUGCCGUGGAUACCUCUACAAAUUAGGCAGCGCCAGUAGAUGGUGGAAAAAAAGAUGGUUCGUCUUUGACCGAGCAAGCCGUGCGCUAAUGUAUUUUAUGGAUAAGAGCGAGAGAAAGUUGAAAGGAGUGAUCCAUUUCGAGUCCAUCGACGAUGUCUAUGUUGAUCAUGGAAAUAAGAAGAUGGCCGCUUUCUGUGUCAAGACUCUCGAUCGAAUCUAUCACUUAUCGUCAACCUCUCCGGAAGCCAUGCGCGUAUGGGUCGACGUGAUUUUCUCAGGAGCGCAUGGUUACAAUCGCUUUCUCGGCCAGGACUGACGUCUGUGUAUCUCUGUAGAUGAGCAGCAACGACAACGACAGCUCUUAGAACCGAAUUGGCAAGCUGCAUCGCUCCUAUUCGAUCUCGAACAUCCAAUCAUGUCCCUUGUGCCCUCGCGAAGCGCGCAGAUCUUCAACAAUAACAACUAUCUCUAGUUUGAUCAACUCGUCAUUAUUAUGAAACUUUCCGCGGAAAUUCAUUGCGAGUGAAGGCUAACUGUUAAGGAGAAGCCUGCAGCGAGAAAAGGAACACGCCAACGGACACAACGAUGCAUCAAUAAGUAUGUAAUUGAUACGAAGACCACGGGCCGUCCCUGUUCAAUCAUUCUAAUGUCUGUAGAAAUCAAUGCUUUUAAAUGCAAAAUGGGAAGCGGUGUGGCGUUCUCUACCACUUUUUGGAAACCAGCACCUCUGGAGACCCUCUACUCUGCUUCAGAACUAACGAGUCCUUCAAGAGCUACAAACGAGCCUAUACUAACUAGUUAGUUGCUUUCUAACUUUGUAAAUUCGAUGGCGCGGAUCUGAGUAACGGCGCCCAUCUGCUAACGACGACGAUGGUGACUAAAACAUAACAAUACAAUUGAUCAUGACAACAGCAGAAUUGAUAAAGAGAUAUCAAUGCAGCAGCGUUGUGAACAAUAAAAUGCUAGUAAUACCAAUAUUAAGUAACAAUGUUUAGCUAUAGUUUAUCGCGCAAAGACAGACAAUAACAAAGGUAUGUUGUAACAAUGAGGCUUAGGGUAAAAAAAAGUUUCGCACGGAUUAUAGUCAUGAUAAGUCUCUACGUUACUAACUAUGGACAACACGAGAUAAAGUGGUCGUUACAUUAAUGAUAUUACAGAAUAAUUGUUCUAUUAUCUCUUUAGGUGCCGGCCUAGGUUUAUAUAUAUAUAUAUAUAUAGAUUAAAAAAAGGUGAACCAAGCACUUGUGGCAGGCUCGUGCAUGCAUAUAGACGUGACAGGCACAGUAUACACUGAGAAAGCCGUACAGAAGAAUAACGAAGACUGAAAAUGAUGGUAACACGAAGCGCUCUAUUUAUCUUACACUAGGCACGAUGGAGGACCAUAUAAUAAAUGAACAUUUGAUCAGACUGAAGGCGACGCAGCAAUUAUACGCAUCACAGAAGGAUGCGAAGGUUUUAAGUGAUGAAUCAGUCACCACAGAAGCUGUCUGCUGUGGGCAGCGGAGGUCCAGCGGAUUUUUACAAAGCGAAGUAUCGAGUGUCGACAGCGGUAGAGAAAAAAGAAUGGUAAAAUAGGGACAAACAGCAUUUUUUUUCCGGAUUCGAAUAGUGUGUAAAUGGUUAACGAGAUUGGAACGUCACUAUUAAUAUUACCAAUAUGUCUACGAGCUAGACAAGCUGACCGUAAUGAUAUGAACAAUAGAAUGAUUGUUCCUGUCAUAUAAUGGAUGAUACAAUUAGGAUGACGCAAUAAUGAUGACUGCAGUGCCGACAAUGAUGCUGAUGAAAAUAUAUCAUUACUACACGCAGAUUAAUCUACACAUACCGUAUUAUAUAUAUACAUAUGAGGACUAUUCAUUCAUCAGGUGCAACGGCCUAGUUAGUUGCCUGUUUCAAAUAUGGCUCGCAAACAACACCAUCAGCUACUGUUACACGAAAAGUACGAAAACAGAAAAACUUUCCUCAUUUUUCUGCUAAUUGUAUCACGAUACCGCUGACUGUAUAUGGUACAUCUGACUGAUCUAGUUCAUGUGCCUAAUGCAGAAUUCAUACUAAAAACUUCGUGGAUUGUACAAUGACGGUCAAAAUGGUAGCUGGGACGAGUGACCCACUCGCCUCCGUCUGCUCCAAUGCAAACGACUAUGAUGAUAAUGUUAUGACUUCAAUAGAUUAUCCACCUAUUGUUGAAUGCUUCAGCUACUGCUUUCCAAUGAGGAUUAAAAGGCUUAUGAAUGGCGUGGAACACGCUUUGUUUAAACCUCAAUCUAGCCAAGUCUAUUUCUCGCCGAAACAUUUUUCCGGCGGGAUUCUUACAACCCAAAAUCAUAUGAAAGUUGAAAAAGAGACAGUCGUGUAUGUGUAUUUAACAGUUCUUUCGGUAGAUUGUAUACUUAUUCAAUAAUAAUGAUAAAUGGACGAGAAUGCGGCUACUGCGACUAAGCGAAACUACAGGAUAUAUACAAGGAAAGACAGAGAACCACAAUACAAUACGACCAGAAUUAUCAAGAGAAGCACGGCUGAUAAAAUAGUGUCCUUUAAAAGCAAAGCCCACUAUGGUCUCCUGUCAUCAGCUAUUCCUUUGGAACGUAUACCCAAAGACAGAUACUUUAUUACCAACUUGCUUCUAGGAUCUUGUUUGUUGUUUAGAAUGAAACAGGACAAUAUAGCGCCGCUCUGUCCCCUAGUAGCCAUCUCAUUUCAGUUACGGUUCGAUGAGGAUUUUCAAACGUAUAACUUAUCAUAUAGACACACAGAAGCCUUUGUAUAGAAAACAAGGCAGCAUGGGAGUUCUUAGACAUACGAGUAAAGGAACCUAAUAGACUCACAAUGAAACGUAACUAACACAGAAAUACAUCGGUAAGCAGAGCCGCUGAUGAUUAGAUGAAAAUACGUAGACGGAAAGUUCAGCUUUGCCAGAGAAAAUAACAGCGAAUCCACGAAUCUUCAUAAUUUCAAUGCUGUUAGCAGUCACUAACUUCUACCACUUAAUGCGGCCAGGAAAAUGUGCUUCAUGGGUCGAAGUUGCUCUCGCCUGCCGAAACAAUGACGAACCUGACGAUGCUAAUCAUGAACUAUCAUUGUUGCGUUAUCGAUUUUUUAUUGACUGGACAUGAAAAUAUGACCGAUUGAUUAUUUAAUCGAUACAAUCGGGUCAUUUGAGGAUCGAUGGCUGCUUUGAUUAUUUCCGCUAGGACAUUGGGUAGUGAUUACAUGUAAAGGCUGACAGCGAAAUGACAGUAAAUCUAUGAUACUUGUGACUGGCUGCCUGAACUAUUCGGUGAGCCAGCCAUAGAAUGGGAGACAGAAGGAAAUAAUAAAUAACCAACGAUUAAAAGAAGAUGACGAUAGUGAGCAUAAUAGCAACGAUGACUAAAAGUAAGAUUAUAUAUGCUGUGAGAAGAACAUGCCUUUCUUCGGUAACGGCUUCGCGAAGGCAUGAUAGAGCUAUAUAACUAGGUCGAAAGGAAGAAAGGAUAUGGUUCGAAGAAUGAAUGACAAGAGUCCUGUGUACCAUUAGGUAUUUGGCAAGCUGCUGACGAUAGAAACAGUUUCCGUAUUGGGUUUCGUAUUCUGUAUAUACUAUGUGCUAUGUAUAGGUUAUUCUGCGUGCUUUCCGUUGAUGUUACGCGCCCCUGCUUGUUUGCUUCGUCCGGUGAUAACACAGCGCAUCCAUAAAAUACACAGCGAGCUACAAGGUAUAAUGGCCAGAGCAAGCUCUGUAUGUGUUCACAGCAAACAAAAUGGAAACGGAAUCUAUCCGAUUUGUUGCGUAUAGUUAAUUUUGUAUUCCAACUAGAAGCAUCGCGUAGUCAUGCAACAUAAAAACACUGGCGUUUGUUAGCCACAUUGGCAGCGUAGCUCUUUUUGUACACUUACCAAUUUAUGAAAUGUUGCCGAAGCUAUCGUCCCUGACAUUAGCAAAAAAAAAAAAAAAACUAUUCCAAAAUGUAUGCCUUCACCAAUUCUAGACACGCGUGCUAAAACAGACCUCAAUGGUGGCACGGGAGACACAGGAACCAGUAAGGGAGAACGACUAUCAUAGCAAUAGCUAUGAAGGCUUAUUAUAAAAGAAAAAAUGUCCAACCACACGUAAUUAGCAUUACCACUCUAUGCUUUAUUUUAUUAGUGAUGAUUCCAUCAUAGUCGUACUCAUAAUGGUGAAAACAAAUAAUAGUAGUAUUGUUAACCGUGAAUAUUGUUAGAUUGGCGAUAACCAAGUAGUAACGCUAACCUUAUUGAAAAAAGCGGUGGAUAUCGAAAAAUGAGAUCACAAAAACUAACAAACAUAGGCCAGUCAUAAACAGGACAGCGACGCAUAUUGAUUGACGAGGAGGAAGACAGGAAAGCGAUAAGAACUACUAAUUAUUGUACCUAUGACCUCGAAUAAAAGCGGCGAAACAAAGGGAAUCUUCAAACGAGAGCGAUUCUCGUUAUUAUAUUAUUAUUUCUUAUUCUCUCCAUUAUCAGCUUAAAGAUACUCCAGUUGCUCGUAGCAUUAUAAUUUCCUUUUCUUCGGCAGGUUCGACACAGAGAGUAAAGAAACAUCCGGGCCACACCAUAUCCCAAUGUCGCAAAGGAAAAAGCCCCCAACAAAGGAAGAUUAGCGAAACGAAAAGAGGGACGUUCGUACAACCUCAUUACCCGAUGGCAUUGCAUACACAUAAUACAUUAAUAUCAUUCCGGAUGAAAUAAAAAUGAUAAGAGCUAUUAGAAUACCGCAAGCUGACAAACGUGGCAUUACAUAUGUGGCUACCGAAUGGCAUGAAGUAUACAAUGCAGGUGAGUCAUAAUGAUAACCGUAACGAUAAUGAUAAAAAAAACAACGUAAUAAUAAAAAUAAUGCUAUUAAUAAAGCGUUGCACAUGCCCUUA